UGGUAGUCUGUCAGCGGGAGGCUCCUGUCGCCGUCCUUUCUUCGCCUCUCGCCCUCGAAGCCCGUACGAGCCCCAACAUGCGUGAGUGCAUCUCCAUCCACGUCGGCCAGGCCGGUGUCCAGAUCGGCAAUGCCUGCUGGGAGCUCUACUGUCUGGAACACGGCAUACAGCCCAAUGGCCAGAUGCCCAGUGACAAGACCAUUGGGGGAGGGGAUGACUCCUUCAACACCUUCUUCAGUGAGACAGGCGCUGGCAAGCAUGUGCCCAGGGCAGUAUUUGUAGACCUGGAGCCCACAGUCAUUGAUGAAGUUCGCACUGGCACCUACCGCCAGCUCUUCCACCCUGAGCAGCUCAUCACGGGCAAGGAGGAUGCUGCCAACAACUAUGCCCAUACCAUCUAUGCCAACAACUAUGGGCAUAGAUGGUAUGGGCAAGACUGA